AUGUACUCUGGCAGCGAUUCAACAGAGUCACAGAACUUCCCACAAUGGCCGAUAAAUCCGUCGAACUACCAAAACAUGGCAAACGACCAAGUCGAUUGGGCAGCUUUAGCCCAGCAGUGGAUAAUUAUGAAAGAGGCAGGGCCUCCUCCGAUCCCAGGCGAGCAACCGGUCGUUCUGCAUAACAAGUCCAAAAAAGAGUCAUCACCUGAAGGUGGAGAGGCUCCAAUGGACAUGGAAAAUGACAAGGAGGAACCACCAACUUGGCCUGGACCCCCACAAGUUAAUCAAAGUGAAUGGAGCUGGAACAAUCAGAAUCAAACCUGGGCUUGGAACAAUCAAUGGGUGCCACCUCCUAGUGGGGUCCCUGCCCCACCUGGAGUUAUGAAGCCUCCUCUAUUGCCAACUCCUAAUAAUUAUAAUUCCUUCAAUGCCCCACCUGAGAGUUCUAGUGAUAAUGCUGUUCCUUUCGGAGGAUCAAAUCAAAAUAAUGAUUAUUCCCCUGUAUUUUGGACAAAUAACAAAGUAAUUAAACCCAGAAAUAGACGAUAUAGUAAAGUAAAUGUACCCACACCUAUACCACCUAUGCCCCCAACUAUAACUGAAGAACCUUCUACUACUCCAACAUUAGAUGCAGCAAAAAGAAAACAGUUGCCUGCAUGGAUUAGAGAAGGUUUGGAAAAGAUGGAAAGGGAUAAGCUGAAACAACAAGAAAAAGAAAGGGAAAAACAUGAAAGGGAAAUAUACAAUGAAAAAAUCAAACAAAGUGAGAAAGAGAAGAUGGAAAUUUUAAAGACUACAAUGAAGGAACAACAGAGAAGCAGAUUUGAAAGCGAUGGAGAAGAUUCAGAAGAGGAAGUCCCUCCAAGUAAAAAAAUUAGUUUCAAACCUGAACCAAUACCUUUAACUCAAGAAGAAUUGAUUAUGCAAGUUCGCAAAAACAUGACGGAAAUUUUACUAAAAGUGACCACAGCACAAAUUGAGGCGAUUUGUCGGGAGGAACAUCAGCGGCAUGUAAAGAAAUUGAAAGCUUCAGAUCAUCGGCCGUCAGCACCCAGCGGUGCAAACAUUAGUGCCAAACUUGGACUGGGUAUCUAUGGCGAGGGUUCAGGCAGUAGCAGCGAAGAUAGCGAUGAUGAAUACAAUAAGGACAAGAGGGACUCGGAUUCGGAGCUCAAAGACAUAAUUAAAAGGAAAGUAAACGAUUUCUCGCGAACGGAACGUGAAAUCGAAGACAAAUUGGCGGAAGCGGAAAGUCGGAAGACCGGCAAUGCUAGUAGGAACACAUCUCCAGAUACAAUCGAUAACGAUUCACAGGUAGACGCUCGCUUGCAAGGUCCGUCCAAGACGCCGCCUCGGGCAACAUCGAAGACAUCACGACGUUCGCCAUCGACUUCUUCCGAUAAUAGCGACUCUUACGUGAACAGUCGAUCGAAAGCUAGCCGCAGAUCCACUUCUUCGGGCAGCGUCGACUCUCGACGACGGCCCACUUCCAAACGGAAGUAUAGUCGGUCGAGGAGUCGCACGCCUCCCAAAAAAUCAAGAACUAGAAGGUCAAAGUCUAAGACGCCACCUGCGAAAAGACAUCGACGAUCGAGGACGGCAUCGCGCGACCGUCGCCACACCAAUGGCGGCGGUUCGUCGCGUCGUCGCUCACGUUCCAGAUCGUACUCGAGUCGCUCGCGUCGGUCGAGGUCUUCCUCUUACCGGCGCACGAAGCGCUCGUACUCGCGCGACAGGACAAGAAGAUCGUCGCGAAGCGUCUCGCGAAACAGAUACACAUCCAGAAGCGGAGCUCGACGGUCCAGAUCGAGGUCCUUGCACAAGUCGGCGAGGCGCAGGAGGUCACGCUCGUCCAGCGGCGGCAGGGGUAAGAGGUCACACAGAUACUGAAGCCGAGAGACAAUUGACUGACUGGGCAGGACAAAGGUUGUAUAUUUAUUCUGAUACUGUGAUAUGAUUCGAUGGCACUCGCGGAUUCUGGUUACUGAUGCUGGUUUUCAUUGAUUUAUUUCCAUCAAAAUUAAUUUGAUGUGUCUCUAUAUUCCUCUUAUUCCAUUUAUAGCUUCUCUAUUUUAAGUCUGAUUAGAAUAUAUAUUUUAGUUAUAAUUGGUAAGUGUUUGCAAGUGAUACAUUGAUAAACCUUAUCAUGUUUAAAUAUUUAAUGCAAUUUGCAAUUCUCUAUUAAUUAUUAUUACUAAAGCAUUAAAUAUAUUACAAAGCAAGUUAAAUAUUCUGAUUUAGGGUAUUUAUAUGAGUAAAUAAAAAUAUCGAAUUUUAUCAGCAAUUUUGUUAUUGCAGCACUAUCUAACUUUUAAAAAAAUAUAGUCUAUUAGGUCUGAUAUGAAAUGCAUGAUAAGAUCCUUGAAAUAUUUAACCAGCAAGCAACCAGAAUUCGUAUAGGAAUGUUAAUAAGAUCUGAAUAUUUUUUUAUUCCUAGGUAGAUGAUAAGAAGAUGCUGUGAACUGUCUUCAAAUAAUAAUUUAACUCACAAUGUACAAACCAUUUCUCUUAAUACGUUUUAACAUUUUUAUUGGUAUUCCAAUAUUUAUUGUAACAUAUUUAGGUAUUAAGUCUUCCUAAAUAGUGAUUCAGAUUAGCAGGUUUGUGCAAUAAAAUUAUUACACACUGUAUUGUAGUUAAAACAAGUUGAUCGAAUCAUUUUGUUUAUAAUAAACCAUUAUCAUAAA